UACCCAUUUUCCAGCCUCCGUGCAUCGAUCAUAUCGAAGAACACUACAAUAAAGAACACAAACACGCGCACUAAAAUAAUGCCCAAAUUUUAGAUUUUUUGUGGCAAUCAAUUCCUUGCGAGAAUCCAGAUAAAUCCCCAAUUGCUCGAGCCACCGCCAAUGUUGCUGAGGGGAGGGGCUUUCUCGGCAUGCAAUGCCGCCGCAGCCGCCGAUAACACCGCCAAUUGCAGAUUUCCCGGCGUGAUUCGCGCGCCGUGCUCAGCUCGCCCGCGGAGGGCGGCCUCACUGCGGGUGGCGGCGGUGGCCACGGGCGAGACAAAGAGCAAGGCGCAGGAGACGAGCCUAGCCGACCGCCUGCGGCUCGGCAGCUUGACCGAAGACGGCUUGUCGUAUAAGGAGAAGUUCAUAGUGCGGUGUUAUGAGGUCGGGAUUAACAAAACCGCCACCGUUGAAACCAUAGCCAAUCUAUUGCAGGAGGUUGGUUGCAACCAUGCUCAGUAUGUUGGGUUCUCGACUGAUGGAUUUGCAACUACGCUUACUAUGAGAAAAUAUCAUCUCAUAUGGGUGACUGCUCGUAUGCACAUUGAGAUCUACAAAUACCCUGCCUGGAGUGAUGUGGUUGAGAUCGAGACAUGGUGCCAAAGUGAAGGAAGGAUAGGCACAAGACGUGAUUGGAUUCUCAAAGAUUAUACUACUGGUGAAGUCAUUGGACGGGCAACUAGCAAGUGGGUGAUGAUGAACCAAGAUACCAGGCGGCUGCAGAAAGUCACUGAUGAAGUGCGUGACGAAUAUCUAGUUUAUUGCCCCAAAACGCUUAGACUAGCUUUUCCAGAAGAGAAUAAUGCUAGCUUGAAGAAAAUAGCUAAACUCGAUGACCCUGCUGAUCAUUACAAAGUCGGGCUUGUGCCUAGACGAGCUGAUCUUGACAUGAACCAGCAUGUAAACAAUGUCACCUACAUUGGAUGGGUUCUAGAGAGCAUGCCUCAAGAGAUCAUCGACAGUCAUGAGCUGCAGACUAUAACGUUGGAUUACAGGCGCGAAUGCCAGCACGAUGAUGUAGUCGACUCCCUCACCAGCCCUGAGCCAGCCAUAGACGACAGCACAGUUCCAGGGCUUCAGGGAACCAACGGCUCUCUGGCUGCUGCAAGAGAUGAGAACGACCGCCUUCAGUUUCUGCAUCUCCUGAGAUUGUCGAAAGAAGGUUCUGAGAUCAACCGGGGGCGCACUGAGUGGCGGAAGAAACCCGCAAAGAGAUGAGCAUGUUUCGCCUCCCCUUCUACUCAUCCCCAGAGGUAAUAUUAUGAAGUUCCCCGUUGGUUGUUCGUUCCUUCUAUUGCCAGUAGGCAUCUUGUAACUCUAUGCUUUUCGUUAUCUCCGAUGAUUUUGUAUGAAGUUUUUUAGUCUUUGUUGAUCGAGAUGAUUGAAUUCUAGUAUGUUUCUUGUGAGAACGUCGAACAUUUGCCGAAAUUUCAGUUCUUAUGUUCUUUUUUA